AUGGAGGCUACUUUGUUGUCUUGUCCUAGAUUACCCCAUAGGCCAUUUCUAAAGAAACCCUCUUACAGCCUAAGACAUGGGAUCGUAACAAAAGUUGUAGUUGCUGCAAAAAAAGAUGAUAAUGAGGCAAAAUCUUCACCUGUUGAUGAAAGUAUGUCUGUUCUAAGACUGCACAUCAAGAAAAUGAAGGUGUUAGAGAGUAGUAGAACUAGUCAAAAGCCUUCUUCUGAUUGGAUGGAAUGGGAGAAGAGGAUUUUUACGCGUUAUCAAGAGGAUGUUUGUGAAGCAAUGGCGUUAUUGCAAACGUAUUUAAUGAAUACAAGACCGAGCGUGGCAUUGGGAGUGCUCGCGUUAGUCGCGAUGAGCAUUCCAUUAUCGAGUUCAAGAGCCAUGGUUAAUGUCUUGAAGAUAACAAAAGGAUUAUUGGAAGGCUGUCAUCUUAUCCACAUUGCUCGUGUUUAUCAAGUUUCAACUCCCAUGUCUAGGGUGGAUCCAGAAGGCUGCCCUCGACUUCAACUCAAGUCUAACUCCAGUAAUAAGUCGAGUACAUCUUGCCAAUUUUACCCUUUCAAAAAUUAG